GCGAUGCGGCACUCGUGGGCGGGCUACGCGCAGCACGCGUGGGGCUUUGACGAGCUGAUGCCCCUGACGCAGAAUGGCAAGAACUCGUUCGGCGGCCUGGGGGCCACCAUCGUGGACUCCCUGGACACCCUGUGGCUCAUGGGCCUCAAGGACGAGUUCAAGGCGGCCCGCGAUUGGGUUGUCAACGAGCUCUCCUUCAACAAGUUCUACGAGGCGUCCGUGUUUGAGACGACGAUCCGUGUCGUGGGCGGGAUUCUGACUGCGCAUGAGCUGUCCGGCGAUGAAGCAUUCCUCAGGAGGGCAGAGGAGCUGGUGCAGAUAUUGAUGCAUGCCUUUGACACGCCGACGGGGAUCCCCUACGGCACCAUCAACCUGCAGACGCAGCAGGGGCGCAACCCCACCUGGACGCAGAAGGCGUCCAUCCUGUCGGAGUUUGGCACGGAGCAGCUAGAGCUCAUCCAGACCUCCCUCAAGACCGGCAACCCCGUGUACGCUCAGAAGACUGAGGCCGUCAUCAAAUUCCUCAACGACAAGUGGUGUUCCAUGCAGGGGUUGUUGCCGCUGUACAUCCAUCCCCAGACAGGGCAGGCCACGACGCAGAUGGUGAGCCUGGGGGCGAUGGGGGACUCUUACUACGAGUACCUGCUCAAAGUGUGGAUCUACAAGGGGCGCCGGGCGGAGGACGAGAUGUACCGCGCUAUGUGGGAGCGCUCCAUGGACGAGAUGCUGCGCAAGCUGCUCUUCAAGAACGAGGAGUCCGGCUACACCUACGUUGCCGAAUUUGCCCGGUGCGGCUCCCCUCUCUUGCACAAGAUGGACCACCUGUCGUGCUUCAUCCCCGCCAUGCUGGCGCUGGGGGCGCAUGCAAGCGCUGUCACCGGCGCCAAAGCCACCCGCUACCUGCAGGUUGCGGAGGAGCUUACGCACACCUGCUGGCAGAUGUACCACCAGAUGGCCUCCGGGCUUGCGCCGGAGUAUGUGGAGUUUGGGACGGCGGGCAUGGUGACAGCGGAGAAGGCGAAGCAUAACCUGCUGCGGCCGGAGGCCAUGGAGGCGAUGUUUGUGCUGUGGCGGGUCACGCAGAAGGAGCAGUACAGGGAGUGGGCCUGGGAGAUGUUCCUGGCAUUUGAGAAGAACUGCAAGAUGCCGGUGGGGUAUGCUGGGCUGAAAGAUGUGACGGUGGUGCCCCCCCCAACUGACAACACCAUGCAGAGCUUCUGGCUGGCAGAGACGCUGAAGUACCUGUGGCUCCUGUUUGCCCCAAACGACGUGGUCAGCCUGGAUGACUGGGUCCUGAAUACCGAGGCACAUCCCUUGAGAAUAAUCAAGAAGUUGCCUGACUUCCUGACCUCAAAUAAUACUGCGCAGGCGCAAGUCAAUCCGGUUGUUAUGAAUUGAUGUCAUCGCAGUAGUUUUGCUGCUUCAGAUCUGUCUACAGGAAAGCGCUAGCGUUUAUGUUGAAGGAUUGGGUUCUGCUCUAACGGCAGCCUCAUUGCAUGCAUGCAUCAACAUGGAUGCGUAUUGUAAUAUCUUAUUCCUC